ACGCUGGAGGUGGAAGGGAGCUCAUAACCAGGGGAAGAAAAGCCACCAAACUGUCCCAGCUGCCUACACUUAGUUCUCCGCUGCCCUUCCUUGCCCCUCCAGCCUCUCAGCUGGGUCUGGAGCACUAGCCCAAUUUGAAACACCCCUCCCGCUUCGAAGGAGGCUGGGCUGGCCAGGGGGUUAUUUUGGGAGCAGCCUCAGAGAUCCAAUGGCCUUGUUAGGGCAACACUGACCUUUCCGUCCCAGGAGGAGGGCAGGAUUGGAGAGGGGCGGGGCAGCGGCUGGGAGAUGGACAGCCCCGCACACCCACUGGGUGGAGAAGGGGGCCAGCCGGCUGCAGGAAUUCAGCCUCGGGCUGGGGGCUGUCACCAAGGAGGAAUUUCUCCACUUUGAAACAGACUGGGGACCCCUCCACCCCACCCCUUUCACUGUGCUUCUUAAAGGGAUCACACCGUUUUUCCUCUGACUCCAGGGAAGCCAGACUUGGGACGCUCUAUGGAGACUUUGAAUCUUGCCCUCCUGCUUCCUUCCCAACUGGCAGCCUUCCUCUGGCUGGUUGAGUGGGGGCCUCCCAGGCAUGGCACUGACCAGCCGACCCAGUGCUGAUUUGGCUCCUGGGCUCAUUCAGUCUCUGGUGGCAUCUUGCUUUCCCCCUCCUGGGGCACAGUGGUGAGUCAGGGGCGUCCAGCCCUGAGUGUGCUUGGAGAGUGUCGCUGGCACCACCACCCCCCCCCAUCACCCUCUCUCCCCCACGCUGGAGGACGGUGAGGUUGUCAGGGGCUACGAUGAGAUGAGUGGGGGCCGCUUUGACUUUGAUGAUGGCGGGGCGUACUGUGGGGGCUGGGAGGGGGGAAAGGCCCAUGGACAUGGACUGUGCACGGGCCCCAAGGGCCAGGGCGAAUACUCGGGCUCCUGGAACUUUGGUUUCGAAGUGGCGGGCGUCUACACCUGGCCCAGUGGGAACACCUUCGAGGGAUACUGGAGCCAGGGCAAAAGGCAUGGGCUGGGCAUAGAGACCAAGGGACGCUGGCUCUACAAGGGCGAGUGGACACACGGCUUCAAGGGACGCUACGGAACCCGACAGAGCAGCAGCAGCGGUGCCAAGUAUGAGGGCACUUGGAACAAUGGCCUGCAGGAUGGCUACGGCACGGAGACCUAUGCAGAUGGAGGGACCUACCAGGGCCAGUUCACCAACGGCAUGCGCCACGGCUACGGCGUGCGCCAGAGCGUGCCCUACGGGAUGGCCGUGGUGGUGCGUUCGCCGCUGCGCACGUCGCUCUCGUCCCUGCGCAGCGAGCACAGCAACGGCACGGUGGCCCCGGACUCGCCCGCGUCGCCCGCCCCCGACGGCCCGACGCCGCCCCCGGCCGCCAUCCCGCGCGGCGGCUUCGCGCUCAGCCUGCUGGCCAACGCCGAGGCGGCGCGGGCGCCCAAGGGCGUUGGCCUCUUCCAGCGGGGCGCGCUGCUGGGCCGGCUGAGGCGCGCGGAGUCGCGCACGUCGCUGGGCAGCCAGCGCAGCCGCGUCAGCUUCCUCAAGAGCGACCUCAGCUCCGGCGCCAGCGACGCCGCGUCCACCGCCAGCCUGGGCGAGGGCGCCGAGGGCGCGGAGGGCGCCGACGAGGCCGCGCCCUUCGAGGCCGACAUCGACGCCACCACCACCGAGACCUACAUGGGCGAGUGGAAGAACGACAAGCGCUCGGGCUUCGGCGUGAGCGAGCGCUCCAGCGGCCUCCGCUACGAGGGCGAGUGGCUGGACAACCUGCGCCACGGCUACGGCUGCACCACGCUGCCCGACGGCCACCGCGAGGAGGGCAAGUACCGCCACAACGUGCUGGUCAAGGGCACCAAGCGCCGCGUGCUGCCGCUCAAGAGCAGCAAGGUCCGACAGAAGGUGGAGCGCAGCGUGGAGGGCGCCCAGCGCGCCGCCGCCAUCGCGCGCCAGAAGGCCGAGAUCGCCGCCUCCAGGACAAGCCACGCCAAGGCCAAAGCUGAGGCAGCGGAACAGGCCGCCGUGGCUGCCAACCAGGAGUCCAGCAUUGCCCGCACUUUGGCCAGGGAGCUGGCUCCAGACUUCUACCAGCCAGGUCCGGAGUAUCAGAAGCGUCGGCUGCUGCAGGAGAUCCUGGAGAACUCGGAGAGCCUGCUCGAGCCCCCAGAGCGGGGCCCAGGGGCCGCGGGCCCCCAGCAGCGGACCCGCGAGAGCCCGCAGCUGCACGAGCACGAGCCCCCCGGGCCCGAGGGCGGCCCCCCGUCGCCGGCCGGGACGCCCCCGCAGCCCAAGCGGCCCCGCCCGGGGCUUGUGGCGCUGCAGCUGGGGCUCGCUCGGUGGCGCGGGCCCGAGGUGGCGCUGUACAGGGGCUACCACAGCUACGCCGUGCGCACCGCGCCGCCCGCGCCGCCGCCCUUCGAGGACGAGCCCGAGCCCGAGGCCUCCGGGCCCGACUCCGCGCCGCCGUCGCCGGCCGCCGCCCCAGUGCGGGCCCCCGAGCCCGCGCCCAACUCCCCCGCCAAGCUGGAGCCCAAGCCCAUCGUCCCCAAAGCCGAGCCCAAGGCCAAGGCCCGCAAGACCGAGGCCCGAGGGCUGACCAAGGCGGGGGCCAAGAAGAAGGCUCGGAAGGAGGCGGCACAGGCAGCGGAGGCCGAGGUGGAGGUGGAGGAGGUCCCCAACACCGUCCUCAUCUGCAUGGUGAUCCUGCUUAACAUCGGCCUGGCCAUCCUCUUCGUUCACCUCCUGACCUGACCCUUGUCUAACAGAGGAGUUCCUGCUGAGGAUGUGAGGACCCGUCUUUCUGCGCUGCCAGGCAGGGUGGCCAAGGAGGACUGGACUCUGGACCUGGAGCCCCGGGAUCCAGCUCACGUGCACACCACGUACAUUUUGGAGGCCUCCCGUGGCGCCUAUGCUGGGUGCCGAUGGUGCCCAGAGGAACAGAAUGUGCUGGGGAUCCUCCAGGAGCUCCGUGCCUGUGGCAGGGGAGGCCUCGAAGGAGGAGCCCUGGUCUCUUGAGCGCUCCUGUCCCUCAUCCUCAUCCAUUCCCUCGCCUUGCUGCCGGGGUCCCCCUUCCCUGAGCUUUCGUGUGUUUCGGGAGAAAGCACUGAACCAGGACAGUAAUAUAACUCCCAGCCCCUCUCCUUCCACCCCUCCCCUGCUUUGUUUUAACUUGCAGCAGAUCCCUGUGGUGGGCGAGCCAGAGAGCUGCCCACAGAGCAGAGGCCCUGCCUUCCGUGGUCUCCACACAGCACCCACUCCGUCCCUUGCUUACAGAUGUUCUGGAUGACAACAGAGGAAACAGACACGCUCGGUUCGAGAACCCCGGGAUACGGUGCUCCUGUCUCCUCCCACCGGUCCAGCUAGCUUCCCUGCUGGACCCGUAGAGGAUGGGGAGACGCAAGGCACUGGAGCCUUUAGCCGGGAGGCCGCUGACCAGGUGGCCCCGGGGUGGGGGUGGGAAGCAGGCAUAGGGGCAGUUAGGAUGGCCCCUGUUCUCUGGCGUGCCUGAGCCUGAGGCUGGCAUUGCGUUCAGGCUUCCAGUGUGCUCAGAGUGCUAAGGCUCACCCUCCAGGAGCCCCGGGGCUGCCACGAUAAAUCUAGCGGGGCACCCUGUGAAUUGGUGUGCCACUUCCUUCACCAGGGCCCAUUGCCAGCUCAGGGGAGAGUGGGCAUGGAAGCCCUUGGAAGCCCAGGCAGAUUUCCCGGGGCAGACUCUGGGGCAGGUGCCGGAGACAGGCUUUCCCGGGGAGAGGAGAGCAAGUCUGGGGGCCCCGGUGGGUGCGGUCUGUUCGAUACUAAGCCCCUUGGCUUGCUUGGCAGAAGACGGUAUUUGCAUGUAGCUCAUUACAGAUGUUCUGAGCCACCCCAGGCCUCCGCUCCCUUGUGCUUGGGGGGCCGGGUGCAAGCCGAGGGCUCGCGGGGCCCCUGCACCUGGGAGGACAGAGGGAAAGGCUUCUAGGCCCCUCCAAACCCAGGGAGGAUUGUGGCAGUGGCGUCCAAGCAGAAGUGCCUCGGCCGCUCCACAGCCUUUGUAUCUGUGGACUUGGGGCUUCGGUGCCGUGGUCGAACCUCGAGUUUGCUUCUGAUGAGAGGUCGGCUGUGCCUCUCCCCCUCAGUACUUGGGAAGCUUCCUCCAGCCCCACACUGGCUGUUUUGAGGGCUCCUGACGUUGCACGGGGUGGUUGGAAUCUGGGACUGCAUUUCUCUGGAGGGGAGCCCGCAGAUUCCCCCGUCCUCAGCCGGCCCGAGGCUCUGCAUCUGUGUGUGGGCUUUUCUGGACUGCAAAGAAAUGACGGCUGGGCUGGGGGUGCUGCUAGGGCCAGUGGGCCCCGGGCCUCAGCUCUGAGACCACGGCCCGAGUUUUGGUCUGGCCCAGGGCUGGGGGCAAGCCUGCAGGCACCAGAGCUCCCAGGCCUACUUUUAGAGCUGGUGUUUGGGGUGACGGUUCAGGAUGCUGCGGUCUGUGGAAUAAUAAACCUGCAUCUGCUCGUGGG